GUGUCGCUUGUAUUUUUAAUGUGAUUAUGUCGAGCAUGAAGCAGGGGCCACAUCUAACCUUCCAGCCGUUCAGAAGCAAGCUGGAGAUUAUUAAGAUUUCAUGGCGUUACAAUGGCGUUGCACUUCAACUCCAUGACUACUGCAGAAUCAAAAUGUUGAGCAGCAUCAGUGAGGCAAGCAGUGAUGUCCGACUGAGCAACAUGGUGCUCUUUACGUCAUGCAGCAACGAAGUGGUACUGAUGAGCUUCGUAACCUUGGACGAUGUCCUGUUCAGCUACGUGUAUCGGAAGCAACCAGCAUGUUCCCACGUCAUCUAUCAAGACGAUCCACCUAAAGAAGUUUUCCUGUACUUGAUGCACUGCGCGUAUCAGAGCGAACUGUGGACUCUGGCUGAGACCGAUUUGGCGUUAUGGAAGAAGGCGUUCGGCAAACGUUUCCGCAUGCUUGUUGCUUAUGAUCGAGAUUCGUUAGAACCUAUUGGAUGCAUCUGUUCGGCCACGUAUCUUCAUCGCGACAGGAAUGCGAAAACGACAGUGAUUGGCUUGUAUUAUGUCCGAGAAGAGUUCCGCGGUAAAGGUAUUGGAAAUGAACUCUUCAGAAGAAUUAUAGCAAACAAAGAGCACCACAAUUUAUAUCUGAACGGAAUUUCUAACAUGGUCAGGAAGUACCAGAUCCUUUACAAUUUCGCUCUUGCCACUCCCUGGCGAAUUGUUUGGUAUCAGAUUGACACAGAGAAUCUUAGUGUAGAUGAACUUCCACGUCAAAAUAACAAAACUAUCGCUGUCAUCGAUGUGGCAGCUGCAAACAUCUCGCAUGCGCUGGAGUAUGACAGUCGAGUGCAAAAUGAUCUCGAUCGUACCUCAUAUAUUCGGUCAUUUACAACUCAGCCGUGUGCAGAUUCAAAGCUGGCAAUAUUCGGCGGAGUUGUCGUUGGCAUAGGCGUAGCACGGUUGCUGUACAAUAAUGAGCUUUUUAUAGGACCUCUGUAUGCGGACAACUUUGAGGUAGCUCGCGUUUUGAUCUACAACUUACUAGGUGGCAAACAUCACGGGCGCUAUCGAAGUGUGCAAAUACAGUUUCCCUCUGUAAACGAGGAAGCAUAUCGCUUGAUGAAAGAAAUCAGCCAUGGGAAAAUUUCUGAUGAUGAAUUUAUGCAAGGUCUUUCAACUAAGUUCCGUAUUGAGACGGAUCCGAUGAAGAUAUACUCAACUACUGAAUACGACAUCAGUGUAUUCUAA